AGGGCGACACGCGGGCUUAGUGUUAGCAGCGAGUAGAGCGUUGUGGCGGAUCGUCUUUUAACCUGAUUCAUCGAAUUUCAGCCGAAGCAGAAACCCGCAUAAAGAUGGCUUCUGCCGGGGUACAGGGCAGGAAGAGGCUCCUGAAGGAGGAGGACAUGACCAAGGUGGAGUUUGAGACCAGCGAGGAGGUAGAUGUUACCCCCACCUUCGACACGAUGGGUCUCCGGGAGGACCUGCUUCGCGGGAUAUACGCCUACGGCUUUGAGAAGCCGUCAGCCAUCCAGCAGAGAGCCAUCAAGCAGAUCAUCAAAGGCCGUGAUGUCAUCGCUCAGUCUCAGUCUGGGACGGGGAAAACCGCCACCUUCUGCAUCUCCGUGUUGCAGUGUUUGGACAUCCAGGUGAGGGAGACCCAAGCUUUGAUCCUGGCUCCAACUCGGGAGCUGGCGGGACAGAUCCAGAAGGUGCUGCUGGCGCUGGGAGACUACAUGAACGUCCAGUGCCACUCCUGCAUCGGUGGCACCAACGUGGGCGAGGACAUCAGGAAGCUGGACUACGGGCAGCACGUGGUGGCCGGCACGCCGGGCCGCGUCUUCGACAUGAUCCGGCGGCGCAGCUUGAGAACCCGAGCCAUCAAGAUGCUGGUUCUGGAUGAAGCCGAUGAGAUGCUGAACAAAGGGUUCAAGGAGCAGAUCUAUGAUGUGUACCGCUACCUGCCUCCUGCCACUCAGGUGGUUCUGAUCAGCGCCACGCUGCCUCACGAGAUCCUGGAGAUGACCAACAAGUUUAUGACCGACCCGAUCCGGAUCCUGGUCAAGCGUGAUGAGCUGACCCUGGAGGGCAUCAAGCAGUUCUUUGUCGCUGUGGAGAGAGAGGAGUGGAAGUUCGACACCCUGUGUGACCUUUACGACACGCUGACCAUCACACAGGCCGUCAUCUUCUGCAACACCAAGAGGAAGGUGGACUGGCUGACAGAGAAGAUGAGGGAGGCGAACUUCACCGUGUCGUCCAUGCAUGGAGAUAUGCCCCAGAAAGAGAGAGAGUCCAUCAUGAAGGAGUUCAGGUCUGGCGCCAGCCGGGUCCUGAUCUCCACAGACGUGUGGGCGCGCGGCCUGGACGUCCCGCAGGUGUCCCUAAUCAUCAACUACGACCUGCCCAACAACAGAGAGCUCUACAUCCACAGGAUCGGGCGGUCUGGUCGCUACGGCAGGAAGGGCGUGGCCAUCAACUUUGUGAAAAACGACGACAUCCGGAUCCUGCGGGAUAUCGAGCAGUACUACUCGACCCAGAUCGACGAGAUGCCCAUGAACGUGGCUGACCUGAUCUGACCUGAUGACGUCACAGCCCCGCCCCCUUCCUAUUUACUUCUCAUUGGCCACGCAGUUGCUUCCUGUUUUACCUGUCCAGGUGACGUUCGCUGUUGAACGUUACCUGUUUUUGUAAAUAAAUUUGCUUUGGAUUCA